UACCAAUCACAUUGUGAAUUAGUGACCUUCAAGUGCUCAGCCGUUCCGCAAGCCGCUAUCUUUUGUCCGGAUGGGGUUGUCAAGCAUGGGUGUGGGAGCACAAGAUAAGAUAAAAAAUAUUUUAAGCUUUCUUGUCCCUACAUUCUUUCAUAAACCAAGUUACAAUCUGACCACCUCGUGUGGGACAAUUCAUCAACAGUUAUGUGAAACACUUUACGGAAUUCACCCUGUUCUGUGCGCUCUUUCAUUCCAUCAGCGUAAUAUAAAGCAAUUGUAUGUUAAAGAUAUUUCAUCCAAAACCAAAGAUUCUGACAGCCUAGUAGAGCAGUCUUUAUUUCAAAUAAUUGAGGAAGCACUUAGAUUUAACAUACCUAUCACACAUGUAUCAGUUGAAAAACUGAAAGUUUUAUCUAAUUCAAGAUCACAUCAGGGUGUGUUACUUGAGGUUUCUCCAAUCAUUAUACAUCCUAUCUCAAACCUAUCUAUCCGGAACUUGUUACACUCUUGGAGAAACCCAUCAGAAAAAUAUUUUCCGUUUGUGAAGAAGAAUAAUCGACCUAUUAUCUUACUACUAGACCAUAUUUCAGAUGUUAUGAACUUUGGAAGUAUUUUGCGUUCAGCUGCAUUUUUUGGCGUCUCUGCUGUGUUACUAUCUACUGCUCCAUGUGUUGCUCCAUCACCACUUAUCAGCAAGCUUAGUGUUGGUGCCAUGGAAGGUAUGCUAUUUUACAGACUGACCGAUACCGUAAUGGAUAUGAAGUCUUUGUCAGAUGCGGGAUUUCUAAUCGUUGGUACCUGUGGAGAAAGUCAAAUUUCACCAAAUGCAAUUAGCAAACCCUUGAAUUGCUUACAACCGAACGAGGUAGGAGUUAAUGACUGUAAUAACAAUACUGGAAUUUUGCCCAGACCAAUGGUCUUAGCUUUAGGUAGUGAAUCAAGAGGUCUGAGUGAAAAUGUCUUAAACGCAUGCGAUUUAUUACUACGUGUCCCAGGCCUUGCAGAUACGACUAACUUGGUGAAUAAAUCGAUAUCACAAAAUAUUCCGUCUUCAUUAAAUGUAGCCGUGGCAGCUGGUAUAUUAUUGUAUCAAUUAACAAUGUAUCGACAUGGAUGUGAAGCAGCUAAUACUUCAUCAUUCGUCUUUCAUAAGGAAUAAACUCCCUCAUCCUUUUUUCAAGAUGCUUUUUAGCCCCCUAUAAUGUUUUUAAAAUUUAUUUCCGACUUGGUAUAUGAUCAUGUAUUUAUACAAAAUUGCUGUUGUCAUAAAUUGUUAUUUUGUUUCUGAAUAAAUUUCCACCUACUUUUCUAAGUCUUCCUCUUUUUCUCUCUAUAGAAUGCUAUUGGAAUGAAUGCUUUAUCUGUUGCAUUUAUAGUUGGGUAGAUUUUAUUGUUUCACCA